CCUGUCUCCUGGUGCCAGUCAACAACAACGACGAACCGAGCAUGGUGACGUGGGAAACCCGCAAUUUGCAACCUCUCUUGUAAACGGAGUCGCCCAUCCCCGCCGCUUCCCUGUAUCGAUUCACAGUGCAAUCGAUCCUCCGCUCGCUAUUUUGGACUUUCUCUGUUCACCAUCUUGGAGAUCAACCAUGGACGACAUUGUGAAACGGGCUCAGAGCUCCCAAGACCUGGAGCUCGAGGCCUUGCGGAAAGAACUGCCCUACCUCAAGUCCCUCGCAGGGCCCACCCUCGCCCAAUUGACGUCCUCCGGCCAAGACCCUCUUGCUCUGUUAAGUCCCUUCCACAAUACGAUACCCUACCUGAAAAUCCUGCUCGCACGCGCAACCGCCGUUUCCUUAUUGGAUGUGGACCAGAUCAUCUUGCUGCUACAAUGCUGCAAUUCGUUUGCAGAGCUAUUCAACGUUGCACACAUUCGCCUUAUUCCAACUCUUAUGGCUGAGUUUGGAAACUCAGUCGUUGGGCUGGCGACAAAAGCCAAAUCGCAAAUCCUGGCCGUUUCACCACUCCGUAUCGCUUGCCUCAGGUGGUCAGCUCCAAACGGCGACGGCGAAAUCUAUUUGACCAGCAUCCAUCAACUGCUGUGCAAAACUUGUCUCCUCGCCAACGCACCACGCCUCGCUCUGAUUGUGCUGGAUAACGACAUCGAGAGUAUUGAUCCGGCCGCUUUCGAUACCACCAUUCAAUCCUUCCUGCUCUACCAUUAUUAUGGUGGCAUGAUAUACACUGCUCUCCACCAAUACAAGCGCGCCCUCCAAUUCUUCACAUUAUGCAUCACCGCGCCUGGACACAUCGCCUCGGCGAUACAAGUCGAAGCCCACCGAAAGUACAUCCUAGUUUCCCUCCUGGCGCACGGAAAGGUGAUGCCUCUGCCAAAGUAUAUGAGCUCGGCGUUCGAGAAAGCGGUGAAAGAUCUUUCGGAACCGUAUCUAGAGUUUUCACUAGCGUAUCAAUCCUCGAACACUGCGCGUGUCCAGGCGGAAUACCAAACGGCUUUGCAACACUUUACCGCACAUGGAAAUGGAGGAUUGGCGGCGCAGUGCGUGCAAGCGUUGACACGCCGAAGCAUUCAGCAACUGACGCAGACAUAUUUAACAAUGUCACUGAGCGAUAUUGCAAAGUCGGUCGGAUUGCAGACGCCUGCGGAGGCUGAACGAAAUAUUCUGGAGAUGGUCGAGAACGAUCAGGUGUUAGCUACCAUAAGCCAACGGGAUCAGGGGAUCAUCUCCUUCCAAGAUGGGGCCGAAAAGUACAACGAUUUGCACACUAUGAAAACGCUGGAGGGCAACAUUGCUCGCGCGAUCGCAAUGUCAGAGGAGAUCACGGGCUUGGAUCGUUCCAUAGAGAAAAGCAAGGAAUUCCUGACGAAGUCUCAAUCUGGCGGGGAUAGAGGGCCAGCAGCAUCCGGCUCCGGAGUUGGGGAUGACGAAAUGUUUGACAUGCCAUGGCGAGAUUGAUGUUUCAAUGUAUUUUUGAUGAUAUGAAGCCAGGGCGAGAAUGCCGUCGAUUACAUAUACAU